UCCCGCCCGGACACUGCAGCAGUGGACGGUAACGUGCCUGAGCUGCGGCUGCUCGUUCCCGACACCGCGUCCCGCUGCAGACUUCCCACCCCCGGUCCCGCUCCCAGUACCAGCGAGGGGAAGGUUCAACCGGAAAAACGCCUGGAGUCAUGGCCGAGUCCAACCCACUGCGGGGGUUCCCCCGUCUGCGCCGGGCCGCGACAUCAUUUCCAGGCAAUCUGCAUUUGGUCUUGGUGCUCAAUCCCAGCAGCCUGUUAGGUUCGGCCCCCAGUCCGUCUUCAAGCACCGACCUGGGCUUUCGCUUCAGCCAGGAUGACUUCCUGCUGAAAAUGCCGGUGGUGAUGCUGCGCUCAGUUGGAGAACUUCUGCGCUACAUCGAUGAAAACCACCUGACGUCGGACUUCACUGCAAAAGUCGAGGUCUGCCAGAGCGACUGGAUCGUCCUACGCACGUCCAUUGAGACCUUCGCAGUGACAGUGAAGGAGAUCGCGCAGCUGCUGCAGGGCUUUGGAUCCGAACUUUCGGAGACCGAACUGCCAGACGAAUCAAACGCCAUCGAGUUCCUGCUGCACGCGCACACACAGCGAUACCGACAGAUGAAGGACGACAUCCGUGGUGUGAUGAAAGAAGGACGCCUCCUUCUGUCCAACCUGCAAACUGUCAAGGCCACAAAGAGAGAUGCGGAGGAGGAGAGGGAAAUACAGACAGACAUGGACACUGUCCAUAGGCUUUUGAAUCAGCUCAGAGACAUGGAGGAGGCAUUUGAUGGCUUCUUUGAGAAACACCACCUGAAGCUGCAGCAGUUUCUCCAGCUGCUGCAGUAUGAAAUCAGUUUCCAGCAGAUGGACGAGGCGCUGGAGCAGGUCUCUGCCCAGGAGAAGGGGAUCGCCUCGGUGGGAACCACGCUGGUUCAAACGGAGCAACUUCUCAAAGACCUGGAGAUGCUGGACGGACAAGCUGAGGAGGAGAUGGCUCACGCUCAGGUGUUGAUCCUGCACGGUCACCAGUUGGCCACCAACCACCACUACGCCCUGGCCCUCAUCAUCCAGCACUGCAACGAGCUGCGACACCACUGCGACGUCAUCACCAACGCCAUACGCACCAAGCGCGCCUCGCUCACUCGGGCCCGAGACCUGCUGCGACGCCUCGAAGAUGCGCUUCGGUGGUGUGAUGAAGGCGCUUAUCUUCUGGCAAGUCAGAUGGUCGACAAGUUUCAGACCAAAGAGGGAGCUCAGGAGGCGCUGCACUACCUGAGCUGUCACCAGGAGAGGGCGCCGUCGGCAGUGAAAAACAACCAUGACACUCUGAGUCUGGAGUUUGAAGCCAUCCUCACCCCACAGCUGCAGUCCCAAAUCGCCAUGGUAACAGAGAAGCUGAACUCGAUGCAGUCUAUGAUCAGAAACAGGGAGCAGUGUUUGAGGAAGCUGGCAGAUGUGCAGGUCAGACCCAUUCAGCCGGUGGCGCCGAGGCCCGAACCUGACCAGACCUCACAACGCUGCAAGUCGAACCUCUUCUCCCCCAAACAUGGUGUCGACUUAAACGUCUUGAAUUCCAAGUUCUCCUUUGACAUACUGCCUGGCAAGAAAGCGGCGAGGAGGAACAACUGUCAACGCAAGAUUGAGGUGAUGCAUGAUUACCAAGGCAACCGCAGCUGUCUGUACGGCUCCAAUCCUGAGACUGAUUCAGAGGUGGAAGACAAUCCAGAGCAGGUCACUCGACAUAUUAUAAAGGAGCUGAUUGCUACAGAGAGGAUCUAUGUGGACGAACUUCUCUCUGUCCUUCUGGGCUACCGGGCAGAAAUGGAGGACCCAUCUGUGGCUUAUCUCCUUCCUGCCACUCUGCGCAGCCAGAAGGACGUUCUGUUUGGCAACAUGCCAGAGAUUUACCAGUUUCACAGCAGGAUGUUUCUUCAAGAUCUGCAGCGAUGCCUGGAGACGCCAGAGAGGGUGGGGGCCUGCUUCUUACAGCGGAAAGAGAAGUUCCAGGUGUACGAGCGUUACUGCCAAAACAAGCCUCGCUCCGAGUUGCUAUGGAGACAGUGCUCCGAUUCGCCCUUCUUCCAGGACUGCCAGAAGAAGUUGGAUCACAAACUGGGUUUGGGCUCUUACCUCCUGAAACCAGUCCAACGUCUCACCAAAUACCAGCUGCUACUCAAGGAGCUGCUGAAGCACUGCACCGAGGCGCGAUACCGCUGUGAACUCCAGGAGGCGCUGGACGCCAUGCUGGAGCUGCUGAAGUCUGUCAACGACUCCAUGCAUCAGAUCGCCAUCACUGGAUAUCAGGGUGACCUCAGCCAGCUGGGCCGCAUGGUGAUGCAGGGAAGCUUCAGUGUGUGGAUCAGCCACAAGAGGGCAGCGGUGCGAAUGAAAGAGCUGGCCAGAUUCAAACCCAUGCAGAGGCAUCUGUUCCUCUAUGACCACGCGCUGCUCUUCUGCAAGCGCAGGGACGAGGACAACCACGACAGGACACCCUUCUACAGCUUCAAGUCCUGCCUCAGAAUGAGCUCGGUGGGAAUCACAGAAACUGUGAAAGGAGAUGUGAAGAAAUUUGAGAUCUGGUACAGUGGCAGAGAAGUCGUCUACAUAGUUCAGGCUCCAACAGUGGAGGUCAAAGUCGCCUGGCUGACGGAGAUCCGAAAAAUUCUCACCAAUCAGCUGAAACUGGGUGAAGGUCGUCCACUUCCAGGCAGCCACGUUUCUGACAGUGCAUCACGAGUGUGCGUGUCGUGGGGCGGAGCGCCGGUGGGAGGCUGCUCAGCGUGUCUCCCUGUUCCUCACAGCUCAUCUGCAACAAGCCACUCCCACAGGCUCCGGGGGGAGGAGUCAGAGCACAGCAGUCCAGCCCACUCAGACCCUGUGGUUCACUCACCGCAACGCAGUUGGCCUGUCCCCGCACACACGGUGGCGAUCUGUGAAGGCCUGGAGGACUGGGGCGCGACGGAUCUCUCCAACCUUUCAGACUCCGAUGAGGACGAGGAGGAUCAGCCCACUCCACUGGUGGCCGGCAGAUACAGAGUCAUGGUCGAGAGCAGCAUGGCCAGCACUGAUGACAUCAUUUUUAAUUGUGGCGAUGUCAUCCAGUUGCUCCACGAGGACUCGUCAGGAAUGUGGAUGGUGAGGAACAUAAGUCGUGGUGAAGAAGGACGCGUUCUGCCCGAAGACCUGCACAGAAUUUUGGGAGAAACCUGCUGAGAGCCAAUCAGAACUAAGGACGAAGCCUGUUUUUCCGUUCUCCUUCGUUUUUUCCGUUUCUCUCACUAAAUACACAAACGCGCUGACGUUCUCAGUCAUUGGUUUGACUCCUGAGAUUUAAGCACAAACUUCACACUCUGAACUGUUCAUCUCAGAAAGCUGUAAAAUAUAGAACAGACUGAACUUCACAAGCCUUAUUUUUUUUAUUUAUCUGUUAUUUCCAGUAUGACACAGAAUGUUGAACAGGGUGCACGGUUUUAAUUUACCGUUCAUUUCUAUUUUCAGACGAAUGACCACAGAAAGUGUGCAUAUGCCGACCGACAUAUCAUCACAGCUCAUGUGCCAAACAGCAGAUCAUCUCAUCGUUUUGUACACAGUAAAACUGUCCUUUGUAA